AUGUCACUAACUCCUUCACCUGUUGUUGCUGACACUGUUGAUCUUGCAGAUUCUGUCAAAAUUGUUCCCUUGCAAGUGGUGAUCGAUCCAAAUAUUCAGUCUUUCAAUGCUGCUUUACCUGCUGCUGCACCCUCCAAUGCUGCUGCACCUCAACCUUUACCUUCCCAACCUGGCAGACCUACCCUUGCUUCCCAAAACAGGCAUCUCAUGCAAACUAGAAGCAAAUGUGGAAUAUUCAAGCCAAAAGUUAAUGCUGAACAGCCGGAAGGCUUCACAUCCUCGAAUCCUCAUCAGCUUUGCAAGCUUCAAAGGUCCCUUUAUAGCCUCAAGAAAGCUCCUCGAGCCUGGUUCACGAAACUCAGCUCUACCCUCCAAAAGUUUGGCUUUACAAGCACUCAAUCCGACAUCUCCUUGUUCACAAGAUUUACCUCAUCCCCAUCCACUUAUAUUCUAGUGUAUGUUGAUGAUAUUCUGGUCAUUAGAGAUUUAGAAAAUAAAAUCAAAGAGCUUGUUCGUCAACUUCACAGCACCUUCUCCUUAAAAAAGCUGGGUGAAAUGCACUACUUCCUUGGCAUUGAAGUGACCAAGGCCUUAAAUGGCUCAAUUACCCUGAAGCAGACAAAGUAUAUCAAGGAUCUUCUGAAAAGAGAUGAAAAGAGCAAUGUAAAACUUGUUCCCACCCCUAUGAUUGCAUCACUAAAGCUAUCUGCCUUUGGAGAUAGUUCAUUCAACAAUCCGUCUUUGUACAGGUCCAUUGUAGGUGGCUUACAAUAUGCCACAAUCACGAGACUUGAAAUCUCAUUCUAUGUGAAUAAGGUGGCACAAUUUCUUCACAACCCUCUUGAGUCCCACAGGAAGGCAAUCAAAAGGAUUCUUCGAUACUUGGCAGGUAUUGCACAAUAUGGUCUGAGAUUCAGUAGGUCCACAAGCCUCAGAAUCUACGAUUUUUGCGACUCUGACUGGGCCAAUGACGUUGACGACCGCAAAUCAACCAAUGGCUAUGGUAUCUAUCUUGGAUCAAAUCUGGUUUCCAAGGCCAGUAGGAAGCAAUCAGUAGUCUUAAAAAGCAGCCCAGAGGCAUAA